AAAUUCUUCUGUGGUUUCGUUUCUUGAUUUGUGGUUUCUCUCUUAAUUUUGAAACGAUGGGAAGAGGCAAGUUCAAGGGUAAACCUACCGGCCAACGCCGAUUCUCCAGUGCUGCUGAUAUUCUUGCUGGCACAUCUGCUGCACGUCCUCGAUCAUUCAAACAGAAAGAAGCUGAAUACGAAGAAGAUGUUGAAAACGAGUCAGAAGAGGAAUCUGAAGAAGAGUCCGAAGAUGAUGCUGAUGUGAAGAAGAAAGGAACUGAAGCGGUUAUCGAGGUUGAUAACCCUAACAGAGUAAGACCAAAGACCUUAAAAGCAAGAGACCUCGAUGCUAGUAAAACUACUGAACUCUCAAGGCGUGAAAGAGAGGAGCUAGAGAAGCAACGAGCUCAUGAGCGAUACAUGAGGCUGCAAGAGCAAGGCAAGACCGAUCAAGCAAGGAAGGAUUUGGAUCGUUUGGCUCUGAUUCGCCAACAGAGAGAAGAAGCUGCCAAGAAGCGAGAAGAGGAAAAAGCCGCAAGAGACGCUAAGAAAGUCGAAGGGCGCAAAUGAGAGUUCCGUUGUAAUCACUCAAAAGAUCUACCUACUAUGCCAUUAAGUUGUGUUGUUUUUACAUUUCUUCCGUUGAUAAAAAGAUAAUGCUUCUGUUAUUCUACUAAGGAUUCUUGUUAUCUCUCGAUCUUUCAAUACAUUUUUAAGUUCGGUUUUAAAAGGGAA